ACAAAAACUACCAAGCUACUACAUAAAAAGUUAUUAGACCAGAAAAUUUUCACUUCGUUUCAAGCGGCGGGUCUAAAACACAAUUCCCGGAUCAUUGUUUUACCAAUACUGGAACAAGCUUAAUUAACUUCUUCCUAAUGCUAACCUUAGGCCUAAUCACUACACUAAGACAAUGUUCUGGGGCUAAAUACUACACUAAGACGAUGUUUAGGCUUAAGCUUAGUAUUAGUAAAGGUUUAAUUAAGGUUGUUCCAGUAUUGGUAAAACAAUCAAGCCCUUUUAAGGGUUAACAAAAUUUCAAGCCACGCCCACAAAACGGGAUCUUGCUACCUCUUAGGGGUUCUUUUCAAAAUUUCCCACUAGCUUAUCAUAUUGGAGACGUUCCCCGCCCCCCUCCCCCCGCGCGCCCCGCCUGGUACCGACGCUUCCAGCGUCACAUGUAGAUUUAUCACUCAAAGUCACAUUGAAUAUUCACGACAAAGUAAUUCAAAACGCUAGAAACUACAGCAGAUUAUAACAAAUUAAAAAUAUAGAGCAAUUUGUGCUUUUUAAAUUUAAAUUAAAGCUGCGAGAAAAAAAAAUUAACGUGUCGCGUUUCGAUAGGACAGUACGCUGGUACUGCGGGCGCAGCCGUCCUAUAUAGUGCACACCGCACGAUACUAGUCAGCGGCUGACUUCAACAUGGAAAAUCCAACAUGGCGGCUCCUCCGGUUCAAGAAAAACACAACAUUUGCAUGGUUUCGGACUUCUUUUUUCCCAAUAUGGGCGGAGUAGAGAGCCACAUCUACCAGUUAUCACAGUGUCUAAUAGAACGAGGGCAUAAGGUUGUUGUAGUUACACAUGCUUAUGGUGAGAGAAGUGGAGUGCGUUAUUUAACAAAUUACCUCAAGGUCUAUUAUUUACCCUUUGGUCCUUUUCAUAAUCAAUGCGUGUUGCCAACUCUCUACACAACACUGCCGCUAAUGAGAUGUAUACUUAUACGUGAGAGGAUAACCAUAGUUCAUGGUCAUUCUGCUUUUUCCACUCUUUGCCAUGAUGCCCUUCUUCAUGCUCGCACCAUGGGACUUCACACGUUGUUUACUGACCACUCCCUUUUUGGCUUUGCCGAUGCAAGUUCCAUCAUAACCAAUAAAUUUUUACAGUUUUCAUUGGCAGACAUCGAUCACGUGAUUUGUGUUUCACAUACAAGUAAGGAGAACACUGUGUUGCGUGCCUCAAUGAAUCCUGGCAUGGUUUCGGUGAUUCCUAAUGCUGUAGAUGCUAAUGUGUUCACGCCUGACAUUUCGAAGAAAAUUCCAGGAAAAAUCACCAUUGUGGUAGUCAGUCGGCUGGUGUACAGAAAAGGGAUGGACUUGUUAGCUGGAGUACUUCCCAUCAUGUGUGCAAACCACUCAGACAUCCAGUUUAUCAUUGGCGGCGAUGGUCCAAAACGAGCUCUUCUGGAGGAUGUAUGUCAGCAGUGUAAACUUCAAGACAGAGUCCAGUUUCUAGGAAAGUUGGCACAUGAGAAUGUCAGGGAUGUACUUGUUCAAGGUGACAUCUUUUUGAACACAUCAUUAACAGAAGCAUUUUGUAUUGCAAUUGUUGAAGCAGCAAGCUGUGGUCUGCAGGUUGUCAGUACCAGGGUAGGUGGGGUCCCUGAGGUGUUACCAAGUGACAUGAUAAAAAUGGCGGAGCCAAGGGUCAAAUCUCUGGUAGAAGCGCUGGAUAGCGCCGUCCAAGAUGCGCGAGAUGGCAGAUUCGUUCCACCGGACGUGGCCCAUGAACGCAUUCGAACCAUGUACACGUGGGACAACGUUGCUAGGCGUACAGAAAAAGUUUAUGAUCUGGUUAGAGCUGUGCCUCAUGUGUCAUUUGACGAGCGACUUAGAAGGUUGUACCACUGUGGCCGCGUUGCUGGAAAAAUUUUUUGCAUUUUAGCGGUGAUCGAUCUGUUUAUUCUAUGGCUUCUUGAAUGGCUCUUUCCAAGAAAAAAUAUAGACAUUGCGCCCUCUUUUCAAGAUAAACACGACAUAUGGAAUCCCCGAAACGACAGCAUACCAAGUGACCAGAAAGAAUCGGUAUACUUUUUCCGAAGAAAAAGAGGAAGUGACUAUUCUUCAGCGAGAUAACAUUAACCAAACUAUGUUAAUUUAAUAUUCCUAAAGGAUUCUCCCUUGGUCUCGAGGAAACGUUUCCCUCACGAAAGUUAAUACGCUUUAUAGACCACGGCUUCUGUUACGCUCAGUACCUCUUAUAUAGUAAACUACGAACUACAGAGUCUGGUUAUGUUUCACAUCGCGAUGCAUUUUCAGAGUUUCGAUUUUCAGUCAACGACUGUAGUCCUUGAUUUGUGGUUCAUAUCGUCAUGUUUGUGAUUAACCUUCAGUUUUCAUUUCAUAACUUAUUGAUAAAUAUUUUCUUAUUUGAAGUUCGAAGUUGUUACAUAAUUCCAGCCUCUUUCAAGUGACGAAAUUUUCUCGCACCCUAGAAGUAACUUGUUUAUAGUUUGUUUGUAAAAUUUGAAUGUAUAUUUUUAAAGUUUAUCAUGAUAAAAGGUUGUACAGCUGCGAAUGUAAAAUAAAGAAACUUUGUGGCUUGGAACCAUC